CUUUUAAAAAGCUCUCUUGAAAAAGAGGAAGUAGAGUUUGGAUUUUUUUCUGUUUGAGGAAGAAUAUGAAAAUGUAUUUAUAAAUAUUUAGGCAUAUUUCAUUUUUGGUAUGAUACUGAUGUUUUAGUAUCUUGAGCUAUGACUAGGGCAUCCUUGUGCUAGGUGCUGUUGAAAAAUGUUCUGAUCCUGACAACAUCCAUGUGGCACAGAUAAAUAUGUCCUUUUACUUAACUAUGAAAACGCAUGGUGGUGCUCAAUCCUAACAUUAAUAAGUGCAAAGUAGUAAAGUAAUUUGACUAAGACCAUAUAAUUACAAUGCAGAGCCCAUACAGCAUAACCUUUUCGUUGUACUGAGGAGUUUGUUUUGUGGUGAUACUCUCUCGGUUUACACUGUGGUAAACUCUAGCAGAGCAAGGAGGAAGGAAAAGCAGUGAGGAAAUUCUAAAGCAAAUGUACGUUCCCGUUCCCCUUGAUGUGCACUAUGUCCUGGGACAAUGCUCCAGAGUGAAAUAAAAAAAAAGUGACUGCAUGUCAAAUUGAUGCCUGCUGGCUCACUUCCAGUAUCUCAUGUUCACAGCAAGCACUUCUGAGCGGUUUUGAGGAAAAGCUCCUGUGCAUAACUACUGAAGCCUAAAUUGCUGCUCACGCUGCAUAUGAGCAAAAUUCCCAGUAGCAACUCUGGGGAAUGCUAGGCGGUAAAAGCAGUGAUGUCUGAGAACGUCAAACUCUUCAAGUCUUUACCAUCCAAAUGGUUCCAGCCCAAUGCAGACGUGUGUGCAAGCCUUCUGUGCUGGUCAAUGUAAUACAACAGACAGCAUGGUUUACUGGACACUGCCAUCACUGUGCCCUAGAAAUGCUACGUCUGAAUGCGAGCUCUGAUUCUGAGUCGCUGUGUGACUCUGGGCAAAACAUCGAGAGCUGAAUUUCCAGUGUUCAGUAAUGUGAUGUGUUUUAGUAGCUGGCAGCUCAGCUGGAGAUGUGGAAGUGUCUCAAGUUUGAAAUGAAACACAUUUUCAGGUUAUCACUAACACAAUUAUGCCCCACUGGCAAGGGAUCUUGGGAGAGAACUGUGAUUUUUUUGUUUGCCGAACAAAACCUGAUUCAUCACUUUCCUUACAUCACCACCCUGCUCUCUAGCUUCUCAACACAGAGAUUGGUAUGGCUUUCCUUUGGUCUGCUGCCAAUUCACAGAAAGGGAAGAGAAUGGCUGCAAAGGAGAAGCUGGAGGCAGUAUUAAAUGUGGCCCUAAGGGUCCCGAGCAUCAUGCUGUUGGAUGUCUUGUACAGAUGGGAUGUCAGCUCGUUCUUCCAGCAGAUCCAAAGAAGUAGCCUGCACAACAACCCUCUCUUCCAGUACAAGUACUUGGCCCUUAAUAUGCAUUAUGUGGGUUACAUCUUAAGUGUUGUGCUCCUAACUUUACCACGGCAACACCUGGUUCAGCUUUACCUAUACUUUUUGACUGCACUGCUGCUUUAUGCUGGGCACCAAAUUUCCAGGGAUUAUGUGAGGAGUGAAUUGGAAUCAGGAUACGAAGGGCCAAUGUACUUGGAACCUCUGUCUAUGAAUCGUUUCAUGACUGCUUUAGUAGGUCAGCUGGUGGUAUGUACGCUCUGCUCCUGCGUCAUGAAAACAAAACAGAUCUGGCUUUUCUCUGCUCACAUGCUCCCUCUGCUGGCACGACUUUGCCUGGUCCCUUUGGAAACCAUUGUCGUCAUCAACAAAUUUGCCAUGAUUUUCACUGGUUUGGAAGUUCUGUACUUUCUGGCGUCAAAUCUUCUGGUGCCCUAUAACUUGGCGAAAUCUGCAUACAGAGAGCUUGUCCAGGUGGUGGAGGUGUAUGGUCUCCUGGCUUUGGGAAUGUCCCUGUGGAACCAGCUGGUCGUCCCAGUUCUUUUCAUGGUGUUUUGGCUUGUCUUAUUUGCUCUUCAGAUCUAUUCCUAUUUCAGUACACGGGAUCAGCCUGCCUCAAGAGAGAGGCUCCUCUUCCUCUUCUUGACAAGUAUUGCUGAAUGCUGUAGCACUCCAUACUCGCUGCUGGGCUUGGUCUUCACAGUCUCUUUUGUUGCUUUGGGAGUUCUGACUCUCUGCAAGUUUUACUUGCAGGGUUACCGAGCAUUCAUGAAUGAUCCUGCUAUGAACAGGGGAAUGACUGAAGGAGUCACACUCCUGAUCCUGGCUGUGCAGACAGGUUUGAUUGAGCUCCAAGUUGUGCAUCGGGCGUUCCUGCUCAGUAUUAUUCUUUUCAUUGUGGUGGCAUCCAUACUUCAAUCCAUGCUGGAAAUUGCUGAUCCCAUUGUCUUGGCAUUAGGAGCCUCAAGGGACAAGAGUCUGUGGAAGCACUUUCGAGCAGUCAGCCUCUGUUUGUUCUUACUCGUGUUCCCCGCGUACAUGGCCUACAUGAUUUGUCAGUUUUUCCACAUGGAUUUCUGGCUGUUGAUCAUUAUCUCCAGCAGUAUUCUAACCUCUCUUCAGGUGCUUGGGACACUCUUCAUUUACGUUCUGUUUAUGGUGGAGGAGUUCAGAAAAGAACCUGUAGAAAAUAUGGAUGAUGUGAUUUAUUAUGUAAAUGGCACCUACCGGCUGCUGGAAUUCCUCGUCGCUCUCUGUGUGGUGGCAUACGGUGUCUCAGAAACGAUCUUUGGAGAAUGGACUGUGAUGGGUUCUGUGAUCAUCUUCAUUCACUCCUAUUACAAUGUGUGGUUGCGGGCCCAACUGGGGUGGAAAAGUUUCCUGCUUCGCAGAGAUGCUGUGAAUAAGAUCAAAUCACUGCCCGUUGCCACAAAAGAGCAGUUGGAGCAACACAAUGACAUCUGUGCCAUCUGCUACCAGGAUAUGAAAACUGCUGUAAUCACACCAUGCAGCCAUUUUUUUCAUGCGGGUUGUCUUAAGAAAUGGCUGUAUGUGCAAGAAACCUGCCCUCUGUGCCACUGCCAGCUGAAGAGCCCUUCACAGCUACCGGGACUGGGACCAGAACCAGUUCAACAGCCAAAUCCGAGUGCAGAGCAGAAUACCAGACCUGGAGAUGCAGCUGAGCCUCCUGGUGUUGAACGUGACAAUGGGCCAAGUACAAAAGACAGCCCCAGCAAGAGCAACGAGCGGAUUCCUGAUGGACAGGACAGCCUGGAGGGCUCUGCUCAGAUGGAGGGGUCCCAAAGCACAGGCGGUGACCCACGCCCGUGUGAGGCCAGCCAGGGAGCGGCCUGUGCUGCAGAACUAAUUGCAGCCCCAGAGGGGUGCCCCGCUCAAGACCCAGGGGUUUGUGUCCAGCUCUGAGGUGACAAAGGAUGACAGGGGAACAAACACAUUUCAGAGAUCCAAGUUUGACUCAGAAGAAAACCUAUCCUUCCACAGCUGUGAAAGAAGUUUAGCUAUUAAUGCUGGUCAAAAUGUAAUCCCCCAUGCUGAUUUUUUGUGGGCUGCUUGGUAGAGGUAACUCCAGUGAGAUGUAGUAGAAAUGACUCCAGAAGCUCUCCGAACUGCGGGCAUAGGAAGGAUGUCUGGAAAUAAAUUGCAGUGCAGGAGUGUUUCAAGACGUAGGUGAGAGAUAAGAGGAACGAGAGGUCUGUGAGAGGUUGUAGACAGAUGGCCAGAACGCUAGCUUUUGUUUUGGGCAGGCAGAGGGUGUCGCAUACAGCCAUGUCCCAGGGUACCUGAGGGUGUUAAAUGCAGUGAGUUGCCACUCUCUGAUUGAGGUGCAGCUUUGGUUGCUGGCAAUUUUUUUAUGGCACGUAAGUAAAAAAUCAAAGAUUUAACAGCAGUGAUUGUACUAGAAGGUGGAAGCACUCUUAAUACGUCAUGUGUAUGCUUUGGGUGUUCUUGGUGGGGCAAUUGCAUUUGAAUUUAUGUAAUCUAUAGUGACUCUUGACUUUUAUGACGGAGUCUUCAAUAUUUUGAUGUAUAUGAAACUUUUGCUAAUACUGGGCACAGUGUGGGCUGCAUGAAGUAAACUAAAGCUCUAAUGAACACUUUGACCUCUGCUACCACAUGCAGGAGGACAGUGGGAUGAGUUUUAGGGCACAGAUAGAGGCCUUGCAGUACUGUGCUGUGUAAUGUUUAAUUCUUGCAGCUGAAUUAAAACAGUGUUAAACUCUGGCAAUAUUUGCACUUUGGGAAUGAGUACAUUAUUGUGUAUGAUCAGACUCCGCAAAUGCCACUUUUAAAGCUGUUAAUAGGUUUGCACCUUUUUUCUUUGACAAGGACGUGUCCAUACUUCAAUUUUUACAUGCAUCAUGGCUUCAAGUAGAACUAGGGACUGGGGUGGGGAAGUAAGUGGGAGUAGGGGGGCAGGCAAUUUUUUUAUGUGAUUUUGAUAUGAAGAGAAAUUAGUCACUUAUUUAUACGAUAGGCUUGACUCAAGUGUUUUUCAAAGUCGGUAUUCCUAAUGUGAAAUGUGAUACUAUUUUAUUUUUAGUAGUAAAUUUGGAUGUAGACUGACAGACAUAGCUGAAUGUCUUAAUAAAUUACAUUUGAAGAUUUUUA